ACACACACUAACACACACACUCACACGGAUUGUGACGUCGGGUUAUGCAAUGUCUGACCCACUAACACACAUUCUCACAUAGAGAGAGAGAGAGAGAGAGAGAGAGGGGAGUGGUGCCGGAGUAGAACCUAUAGGCAGGAGGAGGAAGACGAGGGGAGACCCAGAGCGAGAGCGGCAGGAAUAAACAAAGUGCAGCACAGACACACGGACAGGGGGACAAAGAGAAGGGAAUGUGCCCGUCGGACAGGUGUGUCUAGGUGUGAGAGUAAAACUUGCUGGAGACGGAGCCAGGAGCUCAGUACCUGAAAGGAGAGAAAGAGAGAGACGGCACUUGGCUUAACAUUGGGAGAGGCUUCCAGCAAGUGUGGCUAUUCCUACAGACACAUCUACUGCAGAGGGCUAAAGACUUAUCUACCCAGAGAGCCCAUAUUGGUCCCACCUCUGUAGAGGCCUCAAUACAAUGCUCACACCACCUGGUGGGAUUCAACAAGUGAGAAAAUCUUCUAACUACUCUCUCAAGAGACUGUGCUGCACCUGAGUCUUCUUUUCCAAAAGGUUUCAAGUCUACCACUGAGGCUACAGGACACGAUGGAGUCUCCACUUCUUGCUUAUCCACAGGACGAGGAGGAGCAGAGGGAAAGGUUCUGCUCCAGCUCCGGCGGUGGUCGUCGGAAAAGGGAGUUUAUCUCAGACGAAAAGAAAGACGCCUGUUACUGGGAGAAAAGAAGGAAAAACAACGAGGCAGCCAAAAGGUCCCGCGAGAAGAGACGCUUCCAUGACCUAGUGCUGGAGGGAAGGGUACAGGCCCUGGAUGAGGAGAACGGCAGGCUCCGGAGUGAGCUGCUUCAGCUCAAGUUACGCUUUGGACUUAUAUCUGCAACCUCCUUUUUGGAGACUGGGCAAGGUCUUGGGAGUCGUUCAAACUCUGAUAGUGAGACAUGUGGUGGUGGGAAUGGAUCCUUCUCCGCGUACCUAGGUAUGAACUCUGACUCUUCUGAAGCAGACAGUGGAGGGGGUGCUGCACUUGAUGGUUACUCUCCCCGCGGUUCCAUCUCCGACCUUUCUGAUCAUUCCUCAAGGGACAGUCCAGGGCCGGUCACUUAUGGUGACGAAAGGUCCACAGACACUGAGUUUGCCCACCUGUGCCCUUCCAAGAACCCCAGUGCAGAGAUACUGGCGGCACAACGAAGUGGGGUGAUCCUCUACAGGGUAGGAGGUCUCACUGUGGAUCCGCAGCAAAGACAAAGGAAGGACUCUGAGCUUCCAAGCUUUGCCACGCUAACUUCCAUGGAGGGUAAAUGCAGCCCCUCACAAAUACGACCCCCUAUAUUUGCACAUACAGACCCCACACCUUCUCACCAUCUGGUGAAGGCAGGAGAAGUUGGCAUCACAGAGGGACUCCAUUCUCCUAAGUCUGUUGCAUCUGAAUAUCAGAGCGAGGAGAGUGGCAGCGAGGAGGGAGUGAUUGCAUAUUGCCCCCCAGAAUGCCCACCUCAUCAGGAUUCAUCACCUGGAGUCAAAUUGCCCCACAAGCUGAGGCUUAAGUGCAGACCCCAUGGACAAGAGACUUGGGGGGUGGAGAGGGGUCAUGCACUGGAGGGGAUGGAAGCUCUGGCUGUAGAUGCAUAAGGACAUCAUAACAAGCAUAUAAGCCAAAGAGACAGUGAGAGCAGAGCACUCUGGCUUCUGUGCUGUCACAUGAACUAAAGAGACAUAACCCAUCACUGUGACAAUGUGGCAUGCCAGUUGGUACCCUGUGCUGGGCAAGGGGCAGAGGAGGGUAGAGCAGAAUUGUUACUGUAAAUAACCGGUGUAAAUAGUAAAAUAAAAUAUCAUGGAAAUA